AUGCGCUCUUUGAUCGUCCAGCAGGGCGCGGAGGCAGCAGGGCGCGCGGACAGCAGGGCGUGCAGGCAGCAGAAGCGCAUAGGCAGUAGGGGGCGUGGGCAGCAGGCGCGCGCGGGCAGUAGGCACACGCGUGCCGCAGGGCAGCGAACGGGGCGCGCACUAGGCAGUGCAUGGGGCGCGCGCGGGGCAGCGAACGGGGCGCGGGCAGGCCAGCAUACGCGGCGCGCGCGGGGCAGCAAAUGGGCAGUGAACAGGGUGCGCACGGGGCAGCGUACGAGGUGCACGCGGGGCAGCGUACGGGGUGUGCGCGGGGCAUCGAAUGGGGCGCGCACGGGCAGCAAGCCGGGCGCACGCAGGGCAGCUGACAGGGCGUGCGCUGGGCAGCGAACGGGGUGCAUGCGGGGGAGCAUACGAGGCAUGCGCGGGGCAGCGAACGGGGCGCUCGUGGGGCAGCGAACCGGGGCACGCGGGGCAGCAGAACGGGGCACGCAGGGGGCAGCAUACGGGGCGCGCACAGGGCAGCGUACAGGGCGCGCGCGGGGCAGCGCACGGGGCAGCAAACGAGGCGCGCGCAGGGCAGCGUACGGGGCGCACGCGGGGAAGCUGGGCGCACGGGGCAGCAGGGCGCACGGAGCGCGCAGGGCAGCAGGGCGCGCGGGGCACGAGGCAGCAGGGCGUGUGGUGCGCAGGGCAAGCGGGGCACGCUGGGCAGCAGGGCGCGCGCGGCGCGCAGGGCAGCAGGGCAGUGGCGCGCGAUGCGCGGGGCAGCGGGGCAGUGGCGCACGAAGUGCGGGGGUGUGGGGCAGUGGUGCUCGAGGCGUGGGAUAG